UAUAAACUCUGGGAUAGCCUGAAUAUAUGACUACUGGCUCUGACAAAUGUUCAGAUGGAACGGCAGAGGAGGGUGGGUAGAAAGAUGAUUUGGAUGAAAUGGAUACUGCUCCCCGCGGUUUGUCACCACACUCUCUGUAUUAGCCAACCAUAUCGACUUGUGAAUGAGAAAACUACAUGCUUGGAAUUUAAAGUGGAGUCGCGCCUGAGUUGUAGUAGGAGUGAUCAAUUCUAUCACUGUCUUCUGGAUGAAAAUUACACCAAGGAGUUUGAGGUUUGCAGGGACUGGAAGUGGAUCCCAGGAGGCAAAUGCGCAUAUUUUAACUCUUAUGGGAUAGGCAAUAUUGAUGAGCGAGAUUGUAUAUCAUCUUCAACUCUUCAAUGUGCAACAGACCAGUACCGAUCGGAUCUAAAUACACGAUAUAGUGCUUGUUAUGUGAAGAAAAGAAUCGCAAUCACAACCCCAAUCAACACACCAACUAUAAAAUCAACAGGUAGUGGAACGGCAGAUGUACAGAACACAACAGAAACAGCACCGACAGAAUCGACACCAGCAGAAUCGACACCGUUCAACAGCAGUGCUAUAGGAAUUGCUCUUGGUGCAAUCGUGCCGCUUAUCCUGCUGGUUGUUGUUCCAGGAAUUCUUCUGUUCAAGAAAAGACGUCGGAGAGAAAGUACAAGUCAGAGAGAGACAGCAGUGGAGAGGGGUGAAGGUGACGCCUUAAUGAAUACUGAAACAAAAUGUCUGGCGGAAAAUGAACAGAACCAACAACUAAUAGAAAAAGAUGAGGGAACAUCCACAGAAGAUAAGGAAUCGUCACCGCUCCUGGCAGAGAAUAAAAACGAAAACCAGAGUGAAGGUCAGCUCAAAGAGAAUUUCAUGAAGAAUGAAAGGAUCAGUGUAUCUCAAAACUAUGAUUCACCUCAGAAGAAUGAGUCAUUCAAAACGCCACCUACUACUCCAGCAGUUCAGACAGAACCUGACACUGACAUAGGGAGGACAGAAAACAAGGAUGACAAGAAAACCGGGAAGAAAGAAGUGGACGGAUCCCAUGGAGGACAUGACUCCUCAGAAGAGGUGUCACCCGGUGUAGGUGCAGAGAAAAAGAAAGAGGAAGGAUCCAUUGAAAAAGGCCAUUCUCCAGAUGUAAUGUCGCCUGAUAACGGCAAGGAAGACGAUUCACAUUCGUCUCCUGUCAAUGAUAAAAAUAGUGACAAUGGAAAACAAAAAACGAAGGUUACUGAGGAGGACCAAAGUGAGGAAAAAGAAAGUGGAGAAGAUACAUACCCCCAAAAAGACGCUGUAGGAAUAUUUGUCGACUCCUUGGAAUCUAUAACUAAGGAAGAUGAUGGGGAAGGUGGCUGGAAUGAGAUACAGGAACUUUUGGAAUACAUGUGUACAGUACCAGCGAGGAAGAUACUGUUUAAUGUUAUGAAGAUGUAUGUAGAUAAACCAGGCAGUUAUUAUCAAGAUGAAUUAAAAAUGGCUUCAGUAAAAACAGUGUUGCCACCAGAGUACCAUUCUGCCAUUGACUCUGACUCUGAGUACAGACGUUCUAUUCCUGUUAUAUACACCAUUCUACAAGUGUCACUCAGUGAGGAUCAUCAACCAAAAUCUGGCUGGGGUCAAAAGGUCAAGGACACAGACACUGGGGUAGGAGAUGAUAUAGAGAGAGUGUAUCAAGCUCACACAUUGCACAGAGAAAUUCAGAAUCCAGAGGAAAUAUAUGUGGAUGGAUAUGUAAGGCUAUUUGAAAUGUUGAUAGGAGCUGUAAAGAGAUUAGAUAUAAAGGGGAAAUGUAACGAGGAUUACAGGGAGAUUGUGAGGAGAUGGGAGAACAUUCAGAGGAAGCUGUGGGUGAAGGACAAAUGGAAAACAUUCACAAACUUUAUCAAGAAAUUGUCUGACUGAAUAAAUACAGAGUUACGUUAUUAUAUUUAUUGAGUGAGUUUGAUUUUAGUGGGGUGAUAGUACAAAACAUCCAACAUUGAUUAAUUACACAAGACCAAUAAAUGUCCAGUUACAUAUUCCAGCUACUGAGCUAUCUGAUCACUGGUGAUCAAACCAGGCUGAUGACCACAAGAUGGCGUUGAUACCGGUGCUUGUCAUAUAUUAUACAGGUUUCAUCAGGAAUGAGAUGAAAAUUAGUGUAAAAUAUUAUUGUCCUUUUAAUGUUGUAUUUGAUGCAUUUAAACUGACCUUUUCUAAGAGACUCACGGAAUUCCCAAAGGUAUAUCAUGAAGAUUUCUUAUAUUGGUCAUACUACAAUUUAAAAAAAAAUAAAAUGUGGUGAUGAUAGAAAUGUAACAGGAAUGGAGAAAAUACAACAAACCAGACCAGGACUCGAACUCGAGCCCCCUGAAUUAAUCUCUAGUCGGGUUCUACUAACUGAGCUAUCUGACCACCAGGGAUCGAUCGAACCUGUCUUAAUGCUAAAUUUUAAGUUAGCAUUUUAUUAUGAAUGUUUAUUUAUUUAAUUAAAUUAUUCAAGGCCACUAAAUUUACACAAUAACAGCAAAUUUUGCACGAUGACUACACACACAUUAAAGACGUGAACCUUCUUACAAAUUUUACUUUGUAUGUUGCACUUAAAGAAUAAUAACGCAUAUAUGGCAUAAUGCCUGACUUGCUCUCAAAAUAUUAAUGGAGAAAAGAAACAGUGAUACAGUCCUUGUUCUUUUAAGAUUUAUUUUAUAGCUGGUAUCAAUUGUUCAGUGGUUAACCUGUAGGACUGCUGGUCUUUAGAUUGAGGUUCAAAUCUCGUAAGAGGCCAAGGUUUGAUCCUGGAACAGGGCACUGCAUUAACUCUAACACGUUUAACAUAGGUAAUAACUGUUCUGUCAUCAAGAGCCUGACAUUAAUUAGUAGUGAAAUCACAGAUCUAAAAAAAAACCCACCAACAACCAAAAACAUCUGGGCCCUGAGUCUUAGCAUGAUAAAGAUACUGUAGUGUGGUGAUGCUGUGAGUUGAUUUUUAGUAGAAUUGAUCCACUUUUCAUUUUUAAAGUUCAUUAUAUUCAUUAAUCAGUCCCAGUAAGAAGGCAGCUCUAAUCAUAAGUUUGCAAUAUAUGUUUAUUUAACUCUAAUCGACAUUAAUCUGUUGGCUGUCUAUUGUAUGUGUGUUAACACACAAUUACUUUUCACAUUAUAUAUGCGUUUACUUUUUUAAACCACAUGCGUGACUUCUUCUAAAGUUGCAUUACUGAGUCAGUAUGUAAAGAGGAUGAUUCUACUUUGAUAAAAUCAGUGUCAGUGAUGCCUUCACCAGCUUGGUGUGAUUUAAAUAAGUGUGCUAUACUGGAGCGAGUAGAACAUCUGUACAAUAUAUAGUGUGGACAUGUUCUCCAGUUAAACCAGAAUAAUAUAUACAUGUAUAUGAGCAUUUAAUGAAGCUAAAUGAAAUGGACAUUUGCCACUGCCUUGUAUAGUGUAGUUUUAAUUGAGUUCAGUCCAUGCUUUAGUGUUGGGACGGUGAUGAUCAUGAUAAAGGUUUCCUCAGGAAUUGUGUCAGUUUUCUCAUCAACAACUUAACACUACAAUUUGACAAACGAUAUCCAGGUAUGUUAAUGUUGUAAGUAUUCUGAUUUGUAUGAGAGGUGACAGACUGAGAAGACUCUAGAAUUCAAAACAAGCGUUUAGAAUCUGUCCAUCCACAACUAAUUGAUUACAUGUAUGUUCAUACGUAUAGUUGUCUAAUGACUGACCUUGACUUUUUUAUUGGGAUUCUCUGAGUGUUCCAAGUUUGUGAGUUACAGCUCUGUAUGUGUCAGGUGACACAGGUGAGCAUUGUGGCCUGUAGUCCUGGUGUUAUUGUAUUCAUGGUGUGGGGCUUAUUGUAGUUUGACGUAGAUUUAAUAGAUACAUAUAAGUAUCAGAACAGAGCUUAUUGUAGUUUAAUGUGAAUGCAGAUUUGAUGGGUCAGUGUUUGCUUCUUGUAUCUCCAGAUAUAAUGUAAUUAGGAACAUAAUGGAGUCAAUGAUCACUCUCUGGUGCAAAGAAAGUAACCCAGGGGAAACAAAAUGGGGUAAUACUGAUAAUGAUAUGUGUCCUCCAAAAUAGACAUGUUAUUUUCAUAUUACAUGUAUCUUUAUCAUGUAUUUGAACAUUUGUAAUUAGUGAGUUUUUAUACUGAAAGUGACAAUUGCCAUACAUUACCGGUGAUCUUAUUUCUUGGAUCUUGUGUUCAAAGCUUUUGUGUAUUAUCAAUUUAACCUUGUUUAAAGUUAUGUAUAUUUUGAUUUUUCAUACAAUGUACAGGUGUAAUCAACCUUCAUUUCUAUAUAUAGUUUUUGUAAUGUAUAUGAUCAUAUCCUAAAAUUAAAGAAGAAUAUUAGGAAAGUGUAGAGGUCAAUAUGACAUUGUAAUAACAAAGCUCUGAUGAAACGACUAUGAACAAUAUCAACAUGAUUAAUCAUUUGGUCGCCUAAAAUAAUUUCCAUUUACGAUAAUCAUUCACUGUAUGUGGAUUAAGAAUAUCUGAAUAUGUAUAGUAUCUAUAUAAAUUGGUGGCAGGGGUAGGAGUUAAUGUAAAAUUUACCUUGAUUUUUGCUGAUCAAUGUUAUAACCAACCAACCCCCCAUAUAUAUUUUUUAUUUACAACAUAAACAAUUUUGAUUAUAUGUUUUAAUUACACAAUUUGACUAAGCUUUUGAAUACAAUCUCUGAUAUUUUAAAACUUAUCGACUUUGUACAUAUGGAAUUUUAGUCUCGUAUGUCAUUUAAACAUAGUAUGUAGCACAUUAUACUAAUUAUGAUUCUGAGACUAACACAAUAUACUGUACUAUAUGCUAAGUGAAAUGAAAAUGAUAAAAGUUUUGAAAAACAACUUUAGACUUAUCUAUAGAAUAUUAAUCCCUGUGUAAAAAUUAAGGCAAUGUUAGAUUCAUAAAUGUGAAUGUUCUUUUGUAUUUUAAGAUAUAUUAGCACAAUCUCAAUUUGAUUUGAAGCGGUGGAGUAUCUUAAAUUUUCACAUGCCAUCGGAAUGAACAUGUUCUGUUUGUCUUUUGGAAGAAAAGUCUCCAUUUUGGAAGACUUUCAAUCAUGUUUAGUGUACAUAUACAUAUGUUGUGUGGUUGUUGUUUUGUGUGUGAGAAUUUCUUUUGGUGCCAUAGAGUGUUUGAUUUCUCAACAUGGAGCUUCGUUUUGUGAAUACUAUAAAGCCACAUGGUUUUAAUGAAUUCAUUAGGAAACCUCUAUGUGAAGAAUUGCAUUUAAGAGUUUGGGAAAUAAAUAAUUUCAUCAUUACGUA